AUGUCCCCUCCAAUCCAAGUAUUUCUUACUACGAUAACGAUGCAGCCUGUCCUGCGGCAGCGACAAGAAUACCUCCUGCGCAUCUUGCAGACCAGGAAGGUACCAUUCACCUCCUACGACGUCGCAAGUGACGAGAACGCGAAGCGGUUGUGGAGAAGAAAGGCACCGCAGGGAAAACAGGAUCUUCCUGGGAUUCUCAUAGGGGGAUCGUUUUCUGGGACAUUUCAGGACUUUGAAGAAGCCGUGGAAUUCGCAGAACUCGAUCAAUUCUUGCGCCUUAACGAACCUUGGAACGAAGAGCUAGAAUUCGAGCUUAACCCUCGUCUACCGCAGCAAGCUAUCGGUGUUCCAGGGGCACAUGUACCUUCGCUCACGCAGCCUCUGUCCUCCUCCACCUCUAAGUCUCCUGCCUCUUCCACCAGGAAGCCUCGCAAAACGGACGACCUCGAGCAGGAACUUGACAGUCUGAACGCGACAGAUGAUCAGAUCUCUGACCUCCUCGAGAGCUUGGGACUUGAAAAUGAAGGGGCGAGCGAGCGGCCAGGGGGGAUAGCGAGUGUGAAUACGCCCGAGAGGGGACAACAGAAGGGAUUUGGGGCGCUGGGAGGAGAAGCGGCUCGGGCAGCUAGGGAGAAGGCACAGUCGAGGUUAGUAUCGAGUGCAGGGACUGCCGCGUUGGCUGUUAAGCCUCUCGCGCUGAGGAAGGCUUCCGGUGUCCCAGCUGAGCGCAUCCCGGAUCAGGCGCCGGUGAUAGAGGACAAGAAGCCCGAACCGACGCCGUCUUCGGAUGUUGAUCCGGAGGGACAACCAGUUAAGGGAGAGGGAGAAGUAACGACGGCGAAGGCGACAGAAGAUGAACUUGUGCCCUCUGGGUUCGAGGGGAAGGAACUGCAGAACGCAUAG